GAGGUUGUUUCAGGGUUCAUACAUUUAUGCUUAUACUUUAUUUAGCAUCACGACAAAAUUUUACGUUGAAUACCAAGCCCACCCCGACCCAGGUGAAAUAAAAUUUGCAUACUAGCUAAUCACUUUGACUAUAGCAAAACAAUAUAUUCGCAGUCCAUGCAGAGUAUCUAACUUCUGCUUCGUGCGAAUUGUUGAACGUUAAACUUGUCAGACCAAGCGAAGGAUUUACUCGCGAACUACAACGACCAGAAGCCACUAUGCCUGAUUUUUCAGAGCUUUCAACAGGUUACAAAGCUUUGGCCGUCGUCUGUUGUAUAGGUGCGUUUCUGUUGGUCGUUGUCCUACCUAUGAGCUUUGGAGACGUUGAAUAUUAUCAGAUCGCAUUCACAAAACAGAAGUCAACAGGCAAAGUGGAUCUGUCCAGGGUCUAUACAUCAGGUAGAUACCUCAUCGGACCAGACUACACUUUCAAGGCGUUUCGUGCUGACGCGCACGUUGAGCACUUAAAAGACAUCGCAACGUAUACAGACGAUAAAGUAGAAGUGACCAUCUCGUGUUCUAUACAGUACUUCUUGAGACCCGAAGACUUGAGUGAUCUUCACCAGGAAUUUGAUCUCUAUUACAAGCCUGUGGUUCAGUCUACUGUCAAUGCGGCCAUCAAAUCACGGGCAGCUUCCAUAUCUGUAGCGGAGUUCAUGAGGCAACGUCAAUCCGUCGAGAACAAAAUCUUCAAAGCCGUCGCCGAGAGACUUGGUGGCAAAUGUUGCAGGAAAGACUGCAAAACACACAAAUGUUCCCCGGGCUGUAUUCCUUACUCCAAGUGCAGCAAGUCUGACAAAGGUCUGUUCGUUGAAGUUAGAUAUUUCCAGUUGUUGAACUUCGACAUUCACGAGGACGUCAAGAGUCGGUAUUUGAGGCAAGUGACGGAGAGAGAACAAGAAGAACAGGCCAAGUUUGAACUGGAGGAACAGGUUGUGCGUAAGGAGACGGAUCGACUGAAGAACGAGAUUCUGAACGAAGCAGCAGAGAUCCAACAGAAUUCCACCGCCACCUCUACCGUCAUCAUUGCUAAAGCUGAGGCCAAAGCUCUUGUUGAGGUGGAGAAGGCGCGUAACGCAGGAUUAUCAAAAGUGUUCUCAGAUCUGAAUAUUACAUCUGAGACUCACAAGGCAUCCUAUAUCUAUCUUACUGCAUUAAGACGCCAGCACCAUGCUCGUAUUAAUGUUAAUUAUGGCACGUUAAUGGCAAGGGAUUAAAUUCUUUUGCAGUAAAUCUAUUGUCGAUCCUAGUAUGCACCCUACCUGUGGACGCGCAUUAACUUUGGGCGGGAAAUGUCUGCAGAACCGGAACGUUUCUCCACAAUAAUACUUCAACGUAGACACACCUUAAAGUAAUUAAUUAUGUAUCAUACAGACUUUGCACCAAAAUCUCUAAAUUUGAGUCAAGUCAAUGAAAAGGACAACACCAAAAGGAUUUCAAUUCUGAAGAGAAGAUUUUGACUUUAAAUCAAAAAGCUUUGGACACUAAAGCUUAGCAUAGGUCUGAUCACCUUCAGUUGAAUAUUCACCAUUUUCCAUUCAUUGGUUCAUUGGUCAAACACAAAGCGCUCAAGCGAGGCGCCAAGGUACUUUCGCAAAGGAUUAUUCAAAUUUGAACCUUGCAACAUUGGCUGAGUGCUUUGCGUUUCACCAGUGAACCAACUUAUGGAAAAUGGUAAAUGCCAAGUGUGUUGAAGAAAUAAAUAAAAUUAAGGAAAGAAAGAAUAAAAGCAGAAGCAAAUUCAGAAAUUUA